CCCUGGAUGCCCUGUACCGGCGGCUAGACUGCGCAUGCGUGUCACUGGCGUUAGCAGCGGACCCGGCUGGCAGUUCCUUCCUCGGAAGGAGAGAUUCUUUUGCCAUGGAGUCCUACGAUGUGAUCGCCAACCAGCCUGUCGUGAUCGACAACGGAUCCGGUGUGAUUAAAGCUGGUUUUGCUGGUGAUCAGAUUCCCAAAUACUGCUUUCCAAACUAUGUGGGCAGACCCAAACACGUUCGUGUCAUGGCCGGAGCCCUUGAAGGUGACAUCUUCAUUGGCCCCAAAGCCGAGGAACACCGAGGCCUGCUCUCCAUCCGCUACCCCAUGGAGCAUGGCAUUGUCAAGGACUGGAACGACAUGGAGCGCAUCUGGCAGUAUGUCUAUUCCAAGGACCAGCUGCAGACUUUCUCAGAGGAGCAUCCUGUGCUCCUGACGGAGGCGCCUUUAAACCCGCGGAAAAACCGUGAACGAGCAGCUGAAGUUUUUUUCGAGACCUUCAACGUGCCAGCCCUUUUCAUCUCCAUGCAAGCUGUGCUCAGCCUUUAUGCCACAGGCAGGACCACAGGCGUGGUGCUGGAUUCCGGGGAUGGUGUCACGCAUGCCGUGCCCAUUUAUGAGGGCUUUGCCAUGCCCCACUCAAUCAUGCGCAUCGACAUCGCUGGCCGAGAUGUGUCUCGCUUCCUUCGCCUCUACCUGCGGAAGGAGGGCUAUGAUUUCCACUCAUCAUCUGAGUUUGAGAUUGUCAAGGCCAUAAAAGAAAGAGCCUGCUACCUGUCCAUAAACCCACAGAAGGAUGAGACUCUAGAGACAGAGAAGGCUCAGUACUACCUGCCCGACGGCAGCACCAUUGAGAUUGGUCCUUCCCGAUUCCGGGCACCUGAGUUGCUGUUCAGGCCAGACCUGAUCGGAGAGGAGAGUGAGGGCAUCCACGAGGUGCUGGUGUUUGCCAUCCAGAAGUCAGAUAUGGACCUGCGGCGCACGCUUUUCUCGAACAUUGUCCUCUCAGGAGGCUCCACCCUGUUCAAAGGCUUCGGUGACAGGCUACUGAGUGAAGUGAAGAAACUGGCUCCAAAAGACGUGAAGAUCAGGAUAUCCGCACCUCAGGAGAGGCUGUAUUCCACGUGGAUUGGGGGCUCCAUCCUCGCCUCCCUGGACACCUUUAAGAAGAUGUGGGUCUCCAAGAAGGAAUAUGAGGAAGACGGUGCCCGAUCUAUCCACAGGAAAACCUUCUAAUGUUGGGACAUCAUCUUCACCUCUCUCUGAAGUUAACUCCACUUUAAAACUCGCUUUCUUGAGUCGGAGUGUUUGCGAGGAACUGCGUGUGUGUGUGUGUGUGUGUGUGUGUACACGAAUGUGUGCACAUAUGCGAGAGCCAUGUGGCCCAGGUGUGUGUGUGUGUGUGUGUGUGUGUGUGUGUGUGUGUGUAUGUGUAUGUACACGAAUGUGUGCGCAUAUGCGAGAGCCGUGUGGCCCAGGGAUCCCAGGGCCCAGAAAGAACGAUGAACUACCCAUGAUGGCAACGGCCUGAGGCCUAGGGUUGACCACUAACUGGCCCCUGACAGAAAAGAGUGCUGGCAGAGAACUCCACUCCUUCGUCAGCUGGGCCUUUGUCUGGCUGUGUGGGACUAUGUUUACUACCAUAGGGAGACAGAGAGGGUAAAUCCCGGGAGACCUUGCUGCUGCCCACCCUAGGCCCCGUCCCACCCCCAGGGUGCCCUGAGGCCCACUGCCUCCCUUGCUCGUCCUUCUGCUCUCGAUGCCAGUUGAUCAUAGACUGAGAACUGGGGCCGAAGUUGAGUUCUGUCUGGUUUUGUUGCAAUUUGGGUUUGGGAGGCUGGGAAAGCACUCCAGGAGCUAAUACUGAGACUUUAGGUCAGGAGACAGCAGGGGGCCCUCAACCUCACCUGGGGACCAGGACCACACUGGGCAUUUGAAGAGGCAGGAGUAGUGCUAUACUUCUGAUUGGUGGCAGAGUGAAUGCUCCAACCCCCAGCCCCUGUCCAGGGGGUCUCGGGAGAGUUUCAGGAGCCUAUUGGCCCCAGGCCCUGUUACUUGCUUUUCAUCCAUCCUUGGGCAAUGCCAUCUUCAAACAGUUUUAUUUAUUGACGUGUUUGUUCAGUAUGGGACUGGAGAGGGAGCCCAUAGCCUCCUGCCCACCAGUCACCCUGUUCACACUAAUGUUUACAGCACCUCAGUUUAGCAUAGCGUCCAGGGCCCCGCCACCCCCUGCUAAUAGUGAACUAACAGUAUCCACAGGCCUCAGGCCUAUUUAGGAUCAGAGGCUACAUUCAAAGUCACUACCACCAGCCUCUUUCUUUCUUCCUCUUCCAUUUGCUCACUGCCCUGGAAUCAACAGGCUGGUUGCCAGUUGGAUUUUUUGAAAAAGGAGGUAGAAUCACUCUUUGGCAGAGGCCUCCAGCAAAGAAGGGGUAUAGGGGAUCCAGCGCCCUUAGGACUGGAGAAAGAGCCACCAUUAACCAGGUUGCCUUUUCCCACUCUAGCUGCCCCAUGGGGGGCUAGGUUGUAGAGGUGACAAGGCCCCAACUGGGCUGAUUUGUGCCAUUCUUAACUUUGGACUUGUCUGGUAAAGGAGGGAGGGGGCCAGACCAGAGUGCCAGGAGCUGACAGGCUCAUCUCCCCUGAUGCAGAAGGGCCAGGUCCCUACCCUGGACUGGGCUGGCCUUGCAGUGUCCAAAGGCUCUUUAACCCAGAUGGUGCAAAGCUGGGGCUAGCGGAUCUUCACCGGCACCCUCACCUGUGACACCAAGACCCGCCCCAAUCCCAGAUUCCAGGCAGCAUUCUCCCCCAUGCCGUCCAACGACCAAAGGCCCUGCCAGGUAUGGGCCACAGCAGCAGGUGUGUGUGAAAGCGAUGUGGCGACCCACGGACUGCAGUGUGCUUAACCAGCUCACCUCCCUUCUCCUAGCCCAAGCCUGUCCCUUGCACAAACCACGUUGCCUGGUGGGGCCCAGUGUACUUAAAUAAAGUCGUUCCAAUAGAUGCAUCA